AUGUCUUCUAGCUCUACUAAAGAAGGGAAUCAAGUUCGCUUGAAACUCUUGAUACACAAAGAGAAAAACAUUGUCCUUUUCGCUGAGGCUGGGAAGGACUUUGUGGACGCUCUCUUUAGUUUCUUAACGUUGCUAUUAGGUGCCAUUGUAAAAUUUGCGGGGGAGGAAUCAAGUAUUCCGACAGUUAGAGUUGGACGUUUGACCACACUCUACGAAAGUGUUGCAAAGCUCGACAAAGAGUGUUUGAGGAACGAGAUCUGUAAGGAGAUGCUACUGCAUCCAAGAAACAUGCCGCUGGAGCUGUAUCGACGGAAGCUAAAACUGAACGUCAACGGUUCAGAAACCUUUAAGUACUUCACGCCGUCGCGUCCAGGAUGUAGUUGUUUGAGUGCUUUCAAGAAUGAAAAAUGCUAUUGCGGGUCUCCAACUUUCGUUGAGAAGAACUUAACAAGUUUUGGUGGGGAGUUUGAUAAUGGAUUUGUCAAGGAAACUGAUUUCAUCAUUUGUAAUGAUCUUUAUGUGAUGCCUAAUGCCAUUGAAAAUAAUCUAGUGCUUUUUCAGAAUCACGGAGUUCAAAAUAUCAAUGCUGUUUUGGAACAAACUGUGAUUGUUAGUAAGAAUGAGUGUUCUCUGUCGUCGAAGACCCCUUUAACGGAUGUUUUCUUACUAAAGAAACGGGCCCUUCCUGAUUUUCAUCAGUGGUACCCGGCCUUGCCCAAGUUAGACAUUGGGAAGUUACCUAAUGAUUGCGCUAUGAAUAUGGAUUUGAAGAUAACAUUUGAAGGAUUUGUGGAAGGGCCUCAUAAGUUUAUGGUAACUGAUGAUUUAGUUGUGAGUAAAAUGUUCUCUAGUUUGUGUUUAUGGUAUUUUAAUGGAGCAGAUGUUUCUGCGAUCUCUGACUUGGAGCAAAUGACUGUGCGUAUAGGCUUGAAAGAAGGUUUCGGCAUACUUCAAGCUUCGUUGUUCUCUCGGUCUGCUUUGACAAAUGGCCUCCGUCAUCUCUUGCAAGCUAAUAUAAAGCAAGAGAAAUAA